AUGUGGCGUGUUCUGGCACAUUCCCUAUUCCUUGUGCUAGCACUGCUGCUGAGCUUGUGUGACAACGCGCAUGCAAUCAAGUUCGAACUCAUCGCCAGCAAAAACCCCAAGCCUCUGUGUAUAUGGAACUAUGCUUUAGCAGACACGCUCGCCAUUAUCUCAAUCAACGUGGUCCCACGCGACCCUAAAACGGAAAACGACCAAAGGAUCGACGUUCGCGUCGUCGAUCGGACUCACCACAGCGUGUACCUGAACAAGAAAGGCCUUCAAGGCGAAACUCGACUCGCAAUCAACACGCAUCACAACGCCGACUUGGGCGUAUGUCUCUCAAACCAUGGAAGUCGCGAUCAUAUCCUGUCCGAUGUUGAUCUGGACGUGCAUCUCGGUGGCGAAGCCAUCGACUAUAAUGCUAUUGCAAACCAAGAGUCGCUUUCGGGCAUGGAGACGGAACUGCGCAAACUCGCUGCUAUUGCUGACGAAAUCCUAGAAGAGAUGGAAUACCUGAAACAGCGGGAGAUGCGCAUGAGCAGUACGCAGGUGUCCACUCACCACCGCGUCCAUGGAUUCUCGUGGCUCUUGAUCUUCUCGGUCAUUGGAUUGGGUGUUUGGCAAGUAUAUCAUCUACAUGGCUUCUUCAAGCGCAAAUAUCUUAUCGACUGA